CGUUGGGCACGAGUGGAGCGCAGCGCACCGAACCGGGAGCGCACGGAAACUUGUAGGGACCAUUAUUCAUAUAUAUUUUUUUAUUUUUCUUUGACAAAAAGAUACUGACUUAGACGAGCUGUUGGUUGAGCAUUUUUCUUUUCGCGAAGGAGCAUGACGCAUGCUGCUCCUAUCAUAUUAGUGGUUUAACUCCGGGCUGGGGGAAGAGAGCGCAACAUGGAGACGUUCACAAUACACGACAUGCUCCUAAACUCGACCGACCUGAACCGGAUUUUAUGUAAUUUUGGAAUCAAGAAUUUGUCAGAGUGCGAGAGCGAGCAAGAACCUUCACCCGAACCUAAAGACAUCAACCAGACAGUGCGGAUCGUCCUCUACAGCCUCAUCUUCCUCCUCAGCCUCCUGGGCAACAGCCUCAUCAUCGCCGUCCUGGUGAGGAACCGGCGCAUGAGGACCGUCACCAACCUCUUCCUGCUGUCGCUGGCCGUGAGCGACCUGCUGGUAUCUCUGGUGUGCAUCCCCUUCACCCUCAUCCCCAACCUCAUGAGGGACUUCAUCUUCGGCACCGGCAUGUGCAAGCUGGUCAUGUACUUCAUGGGCGUCUCGGUCAGCGUUUCCACGUUCAACCUGGUGGCCAUCUCCCUGGAGCGCUACAGCGCCAUCUGCAACCCGCUGACCUCCAGGGCAUGGCAGACCAAAUCGCACGCCGCCAAGGUCAUCACCGCCACCUGGGUGGCGUCCUUCGUCCUGAUGCUGCCGUACCCCGUUUCCAGCGGCCUCAAGCCCUUCACGCGCCACAACAACAGCACCGGGUACAUGUGCCGCCUGGCGUGGCCCAACGACGUCACCCAGCAGUCCUGGUACGUGUCCCUGGUGCUGCUGCUCUUCCUGGUCCCCGGCAUCAUCAUGAUGACGGCCUACGGGCUCAUUUGCCUGGAGCUCUACCGAGGGAUCACCUUCGAGCUGUCCACCAGGAAGUCCAGCAGAGAAAGACAGCUCAGCACCGGCAGCAUCAAACCCGGCGACAGCGACGGCUGUUACCUGCAGCCCUCCAAGAAGAAGAGCAUCACGGGCCCCCCGAGCGGAAAGGCGGGGGCAAGGGCGGCGGCGGGCCGCGUGUGCGGCAGCAGCUCCACCUCCAACCUGAUGGCCAAGAAGCGCGUGAUCCGCAUGCUCCUGGUCAUCGUCUUCCUCUUCUUCCUGUGCUGGACCCCCGUCUUCGUGGUCAACGCGUGGCAGGCGUUCGACCGGCGCUCGGCCUACCGGCUGACCGGGGCGCCCAUCUCCUACAUCCACCUGCUGUCCUACACCUCGGCCUGCGUCAACCCCAUCAUCUACUGCUUCAUGAACAAGCGCUUCCGCCAGGGCAUGCUGGCCACGUUCACCUGCUGCAGCUGCUUGGGGAUGAGGAGGAGG